UCAUAUUUUCCAGAUCAUAUGACAUGUUGGUUAUGUCUCUCUCAUUGCUGCUUUCCGAUGUUUUUAUCUCUUUGGGUAUAUAUAUCAAUUGGUCUCGUGAGUACUUUGAUUAUACUUACUGGUCUUGCGAGUACUUUGAUUUUAUUUGUGGUCAUGUGAUUAUCAGAAGUGUAUGACGUCGUUCUCCCAGGUAGUUUGAGUAAAGGAACUGUUGUGCAGAACUGUGGUUGACGAAUGUUUUAUUUCUGCCACUUCUUUAUCUGCUUGCCUUGUAAAUGCAUUUCAUGCAUUUACUAUAGCUUUAAGAGUAUCAGCAUCACGUGUGGCAGAUGUGUGGAGAGAAACUGUGCAGACCAGUGUCACUGUGUGUAUAAAGGGUUAAGAUCCCCUAGAUCUUGCCUGGAAUGUAUACAUCACCUUAACAGACAUCUGAAGAAAUAUAUACCAUAUGAACUGAUAGAAGAAGUGUUGUUAUACUUGUAUACUUUGUGAGUAUUUGAUAAUGACAAAGGGACAGAAGUACAACAAUGGAGCUCCCAAGUGAUAUCGGUACAAGAUAAGUAGGACGAACUCAUUUUACUCAAUUUUUGUGAGACCCCGUUUAAGUAAAGUGUCACAGAAUUCAUCAUAUACAGUGAUUAAGAACAAAACAGUCUGUGUCAUUUAACUUCAGUCAGUGUCAUUAAAUGAACACUCAUCUAAAUUUUGACAUAAAAGUCAAAUAAUUACAGUAGUUGUGGUUUCCAACUUAAACUGUUCAAGUGUUUAUCCAGAAAGUUUACAAUAGUGACGUCCAUAUGCUUAGAAAAACAUUUUACGUAUAAAUAUUCGUGAGGACACGAAUUAUUAGAACAGGGAGAAGACCGACCAGCAUUUCGAGUGAGUUGUUAGUGACGAGAUAUUCUGGAACAGAAAAGAGCGGCAUUUCGAGAAGUCGUAUUCCGGAACAGCGAGAUCAACAUUUCAAGACACUUUAGUGUGAUGUUCACCGGUGAAGAACAGUGACUUCAGUGUGAUGAACUCUUUGAUGUUUUUGGUGUUUUAUCAUUGAUUUUAAACAGUAUUGUCGUUAUUUCAGUAUCAGCAUCACGUGUGGCAGAUGUGUGGAGAGAAACUGUGCAGACCAGUGUCACUGUGUGUAUAAAGGGUUAAGAUCCCCUAGAUCUUGCCUGGAAUGUAUACAUCACCUUAACAGACAUCUGAAGAAAUAUAUACCAUAUGAACUGAUAGAAGAAGUGUUGUUAUACUUGUAUACUUUGUGAGUGUUUGAUAAUGACAAAGGGACAGAAGUACAACAUUAUAUUUGUAGAGUUUUGCGAAUCAGAAUUUGAGAACUAGAUGCAAUUCUCAAAGAGUAGGCCGCUAUGCCAGAAUUGGUUUGCCUAUCUAAACCAGAUAAUAAACGUCGGAAGUAUGCCACAAUAAAUACUACUGGUCUUUGUUUGACAAAAGUGACAAACAACAUAAUGCACUACCAAGUUUACACAAAAUCAUUAAAUCAUUAUCGUGCUGCCGCGUUAUCACCAUCGUACUGCUGCUCUUCGCCAUCGUACCGUCGUACCUUCGCGCUACACGUUCCUAGGGAACAGGCGAUGGCCCUAACGGAACGCCGUAUUUAACCAUAUUACAUUUUACAAUACAUGUGUAUUGAUUUACUAGCAUAACAAAACAAAGCUAUAACCAGGAAAAGUCCAUUAUUCUUAAGUGCAGUCAUGGGUCAAUACAAAGUGAUUGACUUGUUUUACGCUAUCUACAUUCACCUGAAUGGUUUAAAAUUAAUUAAUUGAUUUACUUUCUAAAAGACAAAUGAUUAUCCAGUUUGACUGUAUAUUUGUCUGCAGUGAUUAUGCAAUGUGCAAAACUGUUUACACUAAAAAGGCUUGUCAACAAAUUCACACACCUAUGGAUGUCGGUCACACGAAGAAAUGAUUUCUAUCGUUCUACUUUAACGAAUUUGUGGACAAAGUGACACGGAUUUCGGGAUGAAUUAUGGGAUAUUUUAUGUCAUCGAAAUCGAACUUAGGCAUUUAUUCACAACUUCCAAGGUUUGGUUGGAAUAGCCAGUGAUGCAUUCAAUCGCUAGGAUUAUUGACAGAAUAAUACCCGAAAUUAUGGCACAUUUUCUCUUCACAAAACCGUUUUACACAUGAAAUCCAUUACCGAGGACCGUCAGAAAUCAUCUCUUCGCGUGACAGAUAUCUCAGGUGUUUCUUUGAUCGACAUAUCUUUGUUAUCUAAUGUCUACGUGGCAUAUGAAUGACAGAUAAAAGUAGAAAUAUUAGUAGUUCAUGAUUGGAAAUAUCAACACGACAGUAGCAUGUAGACAUGUUUUCGUGAAAACAAAUCUAUGAAAUAUUGACUUUCAUACUGAGGAGAAAACAUAAGCUUUAAAUCAUCUGAGAAUUAAAGCAAUAGGUGAAAAAUGGAUCAAGCGCCUGGAUAUGGAAAAGACAAUAUUACUUCAGUGAAUGAAAGUCCAAUGAAGGCUGAAGAAUACAAAUCAAGCCGUAAAUGCGAGUCUGUCGAAAAUAAAGAUGUUGCAGUUAAAGACAAUACACAGCUGAAUAUCAAUCCGACGAAAAUAAAAGGAGAUGAUUUUGCAGAUGCUAUCCAAUCAAAAGAUGAAAAUGACAUUAUAGAACACUUUGAUACCAAACCUGACCAGAGUGAAAUAACAGUGGAAACCAGAUGUAUUGAAGAAAAUUGUAAACAUCAAAGAUGUGACCCUUGUCUUUUUGACGAAAUUGAAACAGAAGCGAUUGCAUUUUGCAUUUAUUGUGUUGAUUAUCUUUGCACAGGUUGUGUUCGUGAUCACAGAAGAAGUAGAAUGACAAGGACCCAUAAAGUGCUUGAAGGCAAUGACAUGCCGAAAGAUCCUAGUGCCUUUAAAAUGUUAAAGUCAAUAAUGUCAUGCUCUCAUCAUCCUGAAAUGGAGGUUUCCUUUGAAUGCAAAGACCAUGGGACAUUUAUCUGUAGCAGUUGUUUGGCUGUGAAUCAUAGAAAAUGUGAUGAAGUAACUGAAGUUUCUAAGACGUCAAUGGAAGGCGGCGGCGGAGAACCUGUAUUGAGAGAUUUGCUCAUAACAUUUCAUGAAAGAACGGUUUUAGUACGAACAGCUAAAGAAGAAAAUAUAAAACAGUUGCAUAUGGAUCAGGCGUGUAUCACAAAAGAACGAGCAGAAUUUGUAGAGAAGAUUUAUCAACAUGUGUCGACACUUGACGAAGGCUGCAAAUCUGAAACAGAAAGGGUUUUGACAGAUGCAGUAGCAGAGCUAGAAAAAGAAGUCAAUGACUGUAAAGAAAUGGAAAAAGUAACAACAAAGCACUUGGAACUUCUUGAUGUGACAAUGAAGUAUGGCAAUACUGCUGAACUGAAUGUAAUAUCUAAGCUGAUAUUAAAACAAGCCAACCUUUUGAAAGACGACAAAAAGACGCAGGACAAACAUACAGAUAUACAUCUAAAAUUCAGUGAGAAUCAGAGUUGGGCAGGCUUAUCAUCGAUUGGAAAGGCAUUCAUUGUAAAAUGCAAAGGGACAGAAAUGAUACUAGAAAGUUCUAGUGACGCUUUGGAAGAUGCGCCAGACAACGUUGAAGACACUGUUGAAAGAAAUAAAAAAAAUAGAAAACUACCAGAAAGUAACCCUUUAAUUAAUAGUUCGGUCAGCAGAACAAGAAUCAUGCACGACAUAAGUGGAAAUCUCAAUAGGUCAAAAUUGAAAUGUUCUUUAACAAGAGUGCUCAUUUUGUCUGAUGGACAUAUUGCUGUAAGUGAUUACAGAAACCAAACUAUCAAACUUCUUAAGUCGGAUUUCUCUGUGAAAAACGAAUGUAGUUUGGAAGGAAAACCAAUAGAUAUGUGUCGAAUCUCAGACAGUUAUCUGGCUAUUUUACUUGAUGGUAAAAAGAUGAUUUACAGAUACAUAUUCACAGAUGACCUAACCAAUAUUAAUGGAUUUUCUACGAAACUCUAUCCGAUCAGUAUUGACAUGUCCCUGGAAACUGACAUUCGUUGUAUUGUCUUGUUUUCGGACAAAAUGAAAGAUACACCAAAACGAAGUAAUAACGAUAUAAUCGAGGUACAAGUACGAAGCCUGCGUGAUGGGGCAAUCAUUAGGCAGUUAACAAAUUUCAAAAGCAAAUCAUCGAUUGAAAUGAUUUUGGAAAACACUGGUCGUAUACGCGUGAUACCAAAAAAUCAAAACGCGUUCCUCAUUUCAGAAAACAGCAUAUUACACUGCUUUGAUACAGACAAGGCAAAUUCAUAUAAUCUUAAAGAGAACUGGUACUUCAAGAGUUACAAAGAUAACAUUAUAGAUGGUAUAUCUGAUAUCACUGUGGACAAGGAAGGAAAUAUUUAUGUUUGCGGAAAGGGCUCGAAAAAUAUCCACCAGAUAUCUGGAAGAAAUUUUAUGUACAACAGAAUACUACUAUCGGUACCCGGCAUCCCACUGUCUGUCUGUGUAGAUGACGAAAAGAGACGUCUUAUUGUGGGGUGCGAAAAUGAUGACUUCAUCUACGUGGCUACAUUAGAGUGAAACUAUGUAUCAUGCAUAAAAUGUUUGAGAUGUUUGAAUAGUCAAUCACUGCAGAUAUUUGGCAGACAAAAUGCACAAUUUCAAAGUGGUACACAUUGUCAGAAUGGUUCUUUUUGUUUGACUACAGCAGUCUUCAGUAGGAAACAGUACCUUUAAUUUGCUUGCAUGGCAAAAAAAAUGCCUUCGAUAAUUCGGUUUAAGAUAUACAUACAAAGGGAGCACUAGACGUAUGUGCACAUGCCGUUUUGAAAUACGCUACAUGUGCUUAGUUAGUGAAAACAAUUUUUGCCCAAUUAAGUAUUUGACGGAGAUUUGACCUUGAUGUUUCAUUUUAGUUUACAUAUUACCGAGUUGUUUAUUUCUGGUCUAUGUUUUAGUUGCUAAGGUAAAUGGUUGUCGAGUUAAAUUUAUUUGUUCAUUUGUCAAUUUUGUUGCAUAUAGGUCAUUUGAAUGCUUAGUUGUCAUUUGUAAGAAUAUUGAUUGAUUUAUUUAAAUUGUAUUCUGCUGAUUGACUGUGAAGUGUAUAGAAUGUCUGUUUGUUCUGAGUUUGAGACUGAUUGUUUGGUUUUGAAUGGUUCUUGGUUAGAGCUUGUGCUUGCCUAGCAUUGGUAUUUACCUACCAGUGGAAUUUUAUUCAUCGCUGCUUAUGUAUUUGUUUUAAAAUUCGUUGCUGAAGCAGAGAAAGUCUUAAUUCGUUAUAAAGAAAGAAUGUAAGUAGUGUGUGUUUAACUUUAGAGUAAAUAGUUAUACAAUUCCUAAGUUCCUAUGUUCAAGAAUACAAUGUAUAUACAGCAAAGAAAAUACGAAAGAAAACUACACAACAUACAGAAAAAGGGAACACCAAAGGUGCUAGAUAAUUUAAGGGUAAAGAUUAGCAGGAGUGAGGCGAGGCAAAUUACUUCCACAUGCCCGGUUGGUAACAGUACCAGCCUCUUACUGACACAGAUAAUCAGAUUUCUGAAACUAGACUGAAAUUCGAGUUUGGUAGUUGAAAAAUUAAGGGAAUUAAAAGAAUAUUGACAAUUUUUAAAAGGCAUCACUUUAACUCAUCUAAUACAAUCGCUAAAGCAAAAAAAAUCAUGUUUUUGUUUGUGAUGUAGCCGAAAUAAGGGCAUGCGAAAAAUUAUGAGACAAAUCACUAUGUAGUUAAAUUUUGAGACUGACCUGUAUAGUUCAAGAAAUAACAAAAAAUGCACCUGCCUACAUCAGGGACAAGUAAAUUGCAUCCCUAAUGGAAACCUUUUGGUCAAACUGUAUUUGGUUUUAAAAUGAUAUACCAUUACAGGAAAUUUCAACGAAAUUAAAUUAUGAAUUGUAAGGAGAAAUAAGUGUCAAACUUGAGAGAAUGUCCUUUAAGCACCCUUUGACAAAUGAUUAGCAUACCCGAAUUCCUGAGCUACAUGAAAUGAUAUCUGCACCCGUGUUCAUUUGGGAGCAUCUUAGAGAUAUCCAAUGCCCUUCCUUCACCACUGAAAUAUUCCAUCUUGAUAUUUUCUUCAAAUGUAAAAAUCAAAUCCUCAUCAAAUGUUUCUAAUAAAAAAUUUUGAUUCAAUAGUGAUUGGAAUGUUGAUAUCAGAUCACCUAUUCAAAAUUUUUAAUUUUAUAGAAAUCUAGAACCAUUCCUUUUUACAGGUGUUUGUUUGUUUUGUCGAAAUAAAACUUGUUUUUAGGUAACAGGUUUUAUAUUGUCACAUUUUCCAGGCAUUAUUUUUCUUUUCUUUUUCUUUAAUCUUCCAUGAUGCUUUAAAUAAGAAGCUGACCCAGGAAAAAGUAGAACUUAUUGAAAACCUUUUUUAGACAUUUAACAUUUGUCGGAUUUCGUAUUCUUUGGGUAUACAAAAUUAAAAUUGGAUUCUGUGUUAGAUUUAAGAAAUAAUUUAUAGCUAAAGAGUGCUUUAACACUAUUUAUGCACGAUGGGCGGUUAUACGUCGGGCGAAAUAAAUUCACGACGUAUUACAGCCCGAGUGUAUAAAUAGGGUCAAAACACGGUUUUGCUAUAAAUUAUUUCAAUUCUAAUAUGCCCUUAAUCUAAAACAGUAGUAAAAUAUAGUAGCGCUCUUUCUUGGUCGCAACAAAAACGUUGACGUCACCGCACGUUAACGUGACGUCAUUCUAGCGUAAGAGUGUUUUAACAGAGAAAAGCAUAUUAGAAUUAGAAUUGAUGUUAAUCUGACAAAAAACAGGAUUGGACUAUUCUUGCAUAUAAGAAUUGGAAUUUACGGCUAGGUAAUAUUUUCAAGGUUUUUGUAUUGUUACUUUUCAAAAUAAACUUUGUAGUAAAUA